UACCUCCCUUAGCGGCCUUGAAUAUUCUGUCUGCUAUAAUUUUCUGGCGUAUAUAUUGUUGCAAGCAUGGCCUUAAACGCUACAAAUUAUGAUACAGGAGAUGAAGAAUUAAACACAAGGCUGAGGGAAUGGUUUGAAUGGGAUAAAAAUGAAGCAACAAGAUCCAACAUAUUACAGUUAGUAAAUGAAAAAAAUAUAGAAGAACUAAAGAAAAGAUUGUUAAAAAGAAUGGAGUUUGGGACUGCAGGACUUAGAACUCGAAUGGCAGCAGGAUUUUCUAUGAUGAAUGAUUUAACAAUUAUCCAAACUACUCAGGGUCUGUGUCAAUAUUUAUUAAAAAAUUGUCCAUCUGUUAAAAGUAAUGGUGUGGUUGUGGGUUAUGAUGGCAGACACAAUAGUGAAAGAUUUGCCUGGUUGACAGCGACAGUGUUUAUUAAUGCAGAAGUACCCGUCUACCUCUAUUCCAGAGUUUGUCCUACUCCUUAUGUGGCUUAUGCUGUGAUAUAUUGUAAAGCAGAUUGUGGAAUCAUGGUUACUGCCUCACAUAAUCCUAAAGAAGACAAUGGUUACAAAGUGUAUGGAAGUAAUGGAUCUCAGAUUAUCUCCCCUGUUGAUAAACAUGUAGCCAAGUCAAUCGAGGAAAACUUGGUACCACUGGUUACUUCAUGGGAUGCAUCAGUUGUAGAGAAAAGUCCUUUAAGGAAGGAUCCUUACAAUGAUAUUUUGAAACAUUAUAAUGAAGAUCUGAAAAAAUUAUGUUAUUUCAGGGAGCAGAAUAGUAAAUCAUCUGUAAUAUUUACAUACACUGCCAUGCAUGGUGUGGGAUAUCCUUAUGUUAUAGAGGCCUGUAAAGUGUUUGGUGUUAAAGAACCCGUCCCUGUGAUAGAACAGAUAAUGCCAGAUCCUGAAUUCCCCACAGUACGAUAUCCAAACCCUGAAGAAGGUGAAGGAGCUUUAUCCCUAGCAAUAGACACAGCCAAUGCUAACAAUAGUAGUGUGAUAUUAGCUAAUGACCCUGAUGCUGACAGACUUGCUAUCGCUGAAAAACUAGAAAGUGGUAAAUGGCAUAUUUUCUCAGGAAAUGAAAUUGGUGCCUUGCUGGGAUGGUGGAGUUGGCUUUCCUUUAGACAGAAGAAUCCUGAUGUUCCAGCAUCUGAAGUGUAUAUGUUAGCAAGUACAGUAUCAUCUAAGAUAUUACAGACAAUAGCCAGAAAUGAAGGAUUUAAUUUUGAGGAAACCUUGACUGGGUUUAAAUGGAUGGGAAACAAAUCCGAUGAAUAUUUGAAGGCAGGGAAAACUGUCCUGUUUGCCUUUGAGGAGGCCAUUGGAUUCAUGUGUGGUUCCAGUGUGCUAGACAAGGAUGGAGUCAGUGCCUCCAUGGUAACAGCAGAGAUGGCCACUUAUCUGUAUGACCAGGGUCUUACACUUUACAAACAACUAGAAAAUGUUUACCAAAAGUAUGGCUACCACAUAAGUUUGAAUUCCUACUUUAUCUGCCAUGAUAAAGAUGUUAUAAAAAAGUUGUUUGAUGAUCUGAGAAAUUUUAAUGGAACUGGGAAGCACCCUGAUACCUGUGGUCCAUAUAAAAUUAAAUAUGUAAGAGACCUAACAGUAGGAAUUGAUAACAGUAAACCAGACAAUAUACCAACUUUACCAGUGAGUAAGUCAAGUCAGAUGGUUACAUAUACAUUUGAGAAUGGUUGUGUAGCCACACUUAGGACGAGUGGAACAGAACCUAAGAUCAAAUAUUAUACUGAACAUAAACCAGAUCCACAGAAAGGAUUGGACAAGCAGUCAGCUCAGCAUGAAUUAGAAGAUAUUGUACAGUGUAUAAUAACAUACUUCCUCCAGCCAGAGAAAUACAACCUACAAACAAGGGUGACAUAAGUAUUGUACUUCCUGUCAGAACUAGGUAUAAUGCAUGCUGGGAAUGAUACCAAAGGGGAUGUUUUGUAAAUGCUGCUGACAUAAAAUUUGUAUCCAUGUAUUGUACUGUUCAUGUUGUACUUUUUGUCAUCUUACUUAUUUUGAAAAUAUGCUAUUUGUUACUUUGAGACAUUUCUUGUUUUUUAUAUUUUUCUGUAUUGUAGUAUAAAUAUUCAGAUGUUUCUUCAAUUAUUUUUAUAGUAUUUAAAAAGAUCAAAAUUUCCGGCAUAAUAUGAAACAGCUGAUUCAUUCUCAAAAGCCUUAUCCAUUACAUUUCUAUUACAUUUUUUUUUUUAUCAAUUUAAGAUCUGAUCCAAAUGUCAUGUUGAGGUCAACAUUAGUAAAUGUUGUGUCUUCCAAUUAUUUUGACAGUUUUAUCUUUUAUAUGUUUUUUCAAUGAUUUUAUUUUUGAUAAGAAGUUAAAGCCAAAAACUCUAUAAAAAGGUAGAAUUUGACAUCAUGAUUGAAAAAUUUUGCUGAAAUCAGAACUAUCUGUUCCAAUUCAAAAUAAUAAUUAUGUACAAAAUAAAUUAUCUGUAGUUACAAUAUAAAUACUAAUCUGUUUUUCUUUUCAAUUGUUAGUUUAAAUCAUACCUAUAUAGCUUUAAAUAAAUUUUCAAUGGAAAUUGUGUUGUAUUAGUAAUUCUCAAGUCAGCCAUGCAGCCACUACCUGUUAAACUGUAUGUAAAAUCAUAUAAUUAGAGUCUCAACUUGUUAUCUAAAGUUAUUUUCAUAGAUUCUGUGAAAGUUAAAUAAAAACAAACUACCUCAAAUUAAGAUGAAAUUUAACAUUUUUGAUAGAUUGUCAUAGUAAACUAUUGUGUUUUGAAAAAAUAAACAACAGAAUGAAAUGUUAAAAGACUAGUCCUUGCUGUUAUAAAACUCAGACUCAGAAAACAACCAUUGAAAAUAAUGGAUUUGGUGUUUCAAGCCCUAAUUUUGUACUCACCAGUUAUAUGAGCAGACCAAUAAACAUACAAAGGAUGGCAUCAGUCUUGUUUUACAAAGAGAAACUCAAGUACAAGUUUAUAAAUAUAUCUACAAAAUACAAACACAAAUUGUGCAACAAUGGAUCAGGAACUAUUUGAUGCAUUAGUCCUGAUGCAUUGUACAUUGUAAUGCACCAUAUACAUCUUGAUGUGAUCAUUGACACUGUCAUGUGCAGACAUAUAAAUAAAAAUAAAUUUGAAUAUAUUUUGUAAAUAAUGUGUUCUGUAAAUCCAGAAAUUAUUGCAUGCAUUUAUUAUUGCAAUUUUGCCAUUUAAAACUAAAAUGUGAAUUUAAUUUAUUCAAAAUGUGAGUUUAAAUUAUUGCGAUUAUAUCCUUUUUGCAUUAUUUGCAAUAAUAAAGACAUCACAAUAAUUCCUGAAUUGACAGUAACGACUUGAUUUCUAACUAUCCCCUUAAUAUGAGUUAAAUAAGACUAGACAAAAUAAAAAUUGUUCAGAAAAAAAACUUUAUCUAAAGACUUAUGGUCAAGAUUGAAGCCAGAUAAUUUUAUCCACUGUUGUCAAAUUUUUCUUGUCUAAAAUAUUUUCACAGAAAAGAAAAAAAAAUGCACUUUUGUUUUUACUAAAACACAUUUUACAUUAUAUUCUUAUCAUUAUAUAUAUAUAUAUAUAUGUAUGAAUCUGAUGUACAGUAGUUGUCGUUUGUUUCUGUAAUAUAUACGUGUUUCUCGUUUCUCGUUUUGUUUAUAUAGAUUAGACCGUUGGUUUUCCCGUUUGAAUGGUUUUACACUAGUAAUUUUGGGGCCCUUUAUAGCUUGUUGUUUGGUGUGAGCCAAGGCUCCGUGUUGAAGGCCGUACUUUAACCUAUAAUGGUUUAAUUUUUAAAUUGUUAUUUGGAUGGAGAGUUGUCUCAUUGGCACUCACACCACAUCUUCCUAUAUCUAUGGUUAAAGUUAUAUUCCAAGAAAUUGCUAUAUGGGAUUCAGCUUUAUUGAUAAAUGCUGUUAUCCAUAUUUAAGUAUUGAUUGUUAUUAAACUUGUCAAUUUCAUACCUAGAUAUUGGACAAAAAUUGUCUGUUUUUUUAUACCUGAUAAAUGUUAAGUUUUUGUCCAUAUGAAUAAAAUAAUAUAAGCUCUGGA